AUGAGCAAAAACAAAGAUACCGUGCAAGCCGAUGCGCGGCGCUUCCUCGAUGAGCGCGGCUCCAACGCGACAAUGGCGCCCAACGGCCUCAACCCCGCGACAAUCAUGGAAAAGGCCGUCAAGGACCGCAUCGUCGACUCGUACUUUUACAAGGAGCAGUGCUUCGCGCUCAACGAGGCCGACAUUGUCGACCGCGUCGUCGAGCACGUAUCCUUCAUCGGCGGAACCUACGGCGUCACGCAAAAGCCUAGCCCCUUCCUGUGUCUCGCCUUCAAGCUCCUCGAGCUCGCCCCCAGCGACGCCGUGCUGCACGAGUACCUGCACUACGGCGGCGACGAGUUCAAGUACCUGCGCGCGCUGGCGUGCUUCUACUUUCGGCUCACGCGACAGGCAAAGGACGUGUACGAGAUGCUGGAGCCGUUUCUCGAGGACAGGCGCAAGCUGAGGAGGAGGGGCAGGGCGGGCGUGGCGUUGACGUACAUGGAUGAGUUUGUGGAUGACCUGCUGGUCAAGGAUCGCGUUUGCGGUACGAGUUUAUGGAAGAUGCCGAAGCGGGAGACGUUGGAGGACUUGGAGAUUCUGGAGCCGAGGGUCAGUCCUCUUGGUGAUCUCGAGGAUCUGCUGGAGGAGGAUGAACCGGAGGGCGAGAAUGGAACGAGGGAAGAGUCUGGGGAGCUCUCGGAUAGGGAUGAGAUGGAUGUUGAUCGCGACGAGAGGCCGAGGAGUCAAAGUCGGAGUCGAAGCAGUAGUCGGAGCAGGAGCCGUUCACCCUGA